AUGUUCCUCAUUGAAACCAACCUUUAAGUUUAAGAUACACGUGGGCAAAUAAACAUUUCCGCUGUUUCUGUCAAUUUACAUCUUGCUGCAACGAUGAGAACUCGCUAUAAAAAUGAUAAACGAGAGAGUUUACAGAUGAGUAGUGAACAUUAAUUAUUGAAUUGAAAGCGUAAAAAAAAACUUGCAUUCCAUAGAUAAAUAUGAAUUGAAACAAUUCGAAAAGUUGAGAGCACGUAUCCUGAAAAAUACACGCGAGAGAUGUCACUUUCGUGAAAAAUGAGUCUCUCGAUGGAUCGCAUAGAGUUCCAAGAAUCAAAGAAGUAAACAAUGGAAAUGUUAAAACUGAAAACUGUGACAGACAAAAUAUUUGAUUUGAUGUUUGGAAAAAUCAGUAUUAAGUUUCCUAAAUGUGAACUAAAUUUUUACCAAGAGGAAUUUUAUUUGUCUACCUCCACAAAAAAUUAUUAUAAGCAAAUUGCAUUAAAUAGAGAAGCGUUAUAAAAUUGGAAAAAUGAAUUCUCAUUGUAAUACCUUAAACACGAGAUUAUAUCACCGAGGACAAAUUGAUGUAAUAGACAUGCCAACAGAAUUAAGUUGUAACUAUAAAUAUUUCUUUGUUUACGAGGAUCAGAUAUCUAAAUUCAUUGUGUUAAAAGGUUUACAUGAAAAUACUGCAAGCGAAGUAGCUAGAAAACUCUUAGAUACAUUGGCCAUUAUUGGAGCGCCACAAGUUUUGCAAAGCACUAAUGGACGCAAGUUCGCAGAACAAGUUGUACAGGAGUUACGUCUUUUGUGGAAAGAUUUUAUUAUACUUCAUGGAGAAAUCUCAGAGAACAAAGAAAACAGUAGAGAUUUUAAAGAUUUACUUGAGCGUUGGGUGCAAAAGAACCCAUCAAAAACAUGGUAUGAGGCUUUGAAACAUGUUCAGAUUUUUGAAAAUACAACGUUUUGUUGUGACAAUGGAAAAAUUCCUUAUGAUAUAUUAUUUGGGCGGAAUGUACAUGAAGAAUUUCAGAAGAUGACUAAUGGUAUACCCGCAAAAGAAAAUAUAUGGACGGAAGAAGAAUGGAUUAGUCUUGUGUCUAAUAAAAAUAAUGAUAUUGAAAAAGAUGAGACUGAAGAGUUUAACGAAGAUCCAAAUUUUAUAGGUAUCGGUGACAUGGAUAGUUCUAGAGACGAUGAUAGUGACUCUUAUUGCACAAUCAAGAAUGAGCUUGCAGAAGGUACUACUGGUUUCAAUUUUGUUAAUGUUAAAAGUGAACCAUUGAAUAUGCAUAUGGAGGAUUCAGUAUUUGAAGACGAAUCGACGGUAGAUAAUAAAACAAAAUUAGUUUCCGAAAGUCAUGAUUUGAAGUGUAAAAUCUGCCAAAAACAAUAUAUGAAACCUGGUCACUUGAAGAAUCAUAUGAAGAUACAUGUGAAAGGAAAAAAGUUUGAAUGUAAGUUAUGUAAAAAAACAUUUCACGUUCUCAGUUUAUUCGAGAAGCAUAUGCAACAGUCUCAUAGACAAAAUGAGCAAUCUCGAUUGAGUAGUACGAGAAGAAGUAAAGAUUCUCGGGAAAAAACAAUAUUAGACACGGAAACAUCCAAAUUGGAUUAUUCAUCGAAUACAAAUAUCAGUGAAACAGAAUCCACCGUUACGGAUGAGGAUCCUAAGACAACAACGAAUUCUAGUUCUCUGAAAGAAAGAAAACGAAACUCUACAGAGAAUCGCUCGCUGAAAGUAAACGGAGACCCAACUCUGAGUUGCACAUACUGUAAACAGAAAUUUAACUUUCCUAGCGUAUUAAAAAGGCACAUGCGAUCUCACACGAACGAGAGACCCUACAUCUGCAAAAUUUGUAAUAAAAGCUUUAAACAAUUAGGACACCUCAGUCAACAUUCAUUGACACACAAGGAUUACCGUUCUUUUCACUGUGCGGUCUGCGGUAUAAAAUUCGAGUCGUUGGGUUCGUUAAAAGUCCACACUCAGUCGCAUAAGGAGGAUUAUAUCUCGAAAACGAAAGAAGCUUUUCGCUUGUUCGAAUGUGGUAAUUGUAACAAGGUAUUCACGACUAAGAGUGUGCUGGAGCGACACAUACUUACUCACUCUCACGAACGUCAAUUUGCAUGUAUAAUUUGUGGUAAACGAUUCAAACAAACGGGGCACUUAAAGUCUCAUAUGUUAGUUCACACGGGCGAACGGAAAUUUGAAUGCACGGUCUGCAAAAAAAGAUUCAGCCUUUCUAACUCUCUUAAAAAGCACAUGUACGUGCAUAAUGGAGAAAAACCGUAUCAGUGCGAUGUCUGCGGCGCACGAUUCCUCGAGAAAAGAAACUUGAACGGGCACCUUAUGACUCAUACGAACGAGCGUCCGUUUCGUUGUAAAAUUUGUGGGAAACGUUACACCUUGGCGGACACUUUGCGGCGUCAUAUAAGUGCUGCUCAUGAAGAAGGACGAACGUAUCAAUGCGAAAUUUGUGCGAAGAUGUUCAAACAACUGGCACAUCUCUCUGUCCACAAGAAAGUACACAAUGACGAGCGGCCAUUCCAGUGUCACUUGUGCGAGAAAAACUUCAAGCAUAAAAAUGUCCUCAAAUCCCAUCUAGCCAUCCAUGCUAACGUGAGACCAUUCGAAUGCGAUGUGUGCAAGGCUACCUUCGUGAGGAAGACGAAUUUACAAACACACAUUGCGUCCGCCCACAUGAACGAACGACCAUAUGUUUGUACCAUUUGUGGGAAACGGUUCAAACAAAUUAGUCACCUGAACGGUCACGUUGUGGUUCAUAGCAAUCUAAUGCCUUAUCAAUGUGAUUUCUGUGAUCGACGGUGUAACAGACUCGAUAAUUUGAAAAAACAUAUGCGUCUCCAUACAAAAAACAAAGAAGGAGUAGCUUCUUAAGAGCGAAUGUUUUACAUAGCUGUCUUGUAAAAGACACAAUUCAUGAAAUUGUUUGAAUGUGGAGUUAAUCCUUUGCGCUACGAUGUCACCUCUAACUACAAAACUAUUUUUUCCUGAAACUCUUAAAUCACCUCUGAUAGAAUACUUCAUACAGUUGAUAAAACAAAUUAGUGUUACACAAUUUUAUUAAAAAAAUGCUUUGAAAAUAUAUAAUACAUAGAAGUCUGAUACUAUACACUUUUCAUCAUAAUAAUAUUAAUAUUCCUUAUCAAAUGUUCAAAUAAAUCAAUAAUUGCAUUGAAUUGAACAUAUACCUUAUCCCUUUAAAUAAUGUAAAAUGUUUCCAGAGAUAUGUUAUGUGCAAUUUGAUCAUUGUUGGUAUUGGUUUAUUCUCAUACUUGGAGGCUCGUUGUAUAUUUGUUAGAGCAAUAUUGUGAAACUUAUGACAGGAAGUCAUUUUUACAUGUAGGAGGUUGAAUUAAAUAUUUAAUUCCUUAAAAAAAUGUAAAUAACAAUAAAGUAGAUAAUUUAAUAUUAUGUGUUUUUUCCGAAUAAUCAGAAAAAUGACAUCUAAGUUGGCAGAGAACAAACUAAGAAAACAAUUAUAGUGCAAAGGGUUAAUAUGUUCGACGACGUGUGUAUUAGCAGUAAAGAUAAGUCAUUUUUAGAAGCUUUGCUAUCAGUCUGUAAUGAUUGUAAUCUUCAUUGAGCCCUAAUGAAUUUUACUUUAUUUCUAAUGGCAUACUUCCAUGGAAUCAUUGUACACUUAUAGAUUUCAAAUAUUUUUAUAUCGCAAAUAGAAUGUCACGAUGUGUGAAAGCUUUAUUCUUUUGAAUGUAUAAAAAUCAAAGUGGUAAGUGAUCCUAAUUCGAACAUAUCAGAAUUAGAAUGAACGAUAAAAGAUUCAAAAGAAUAUAGCUAAAAAAUUCUUCUUGUAUUUUUACUAAUUCGUACAAUAAGUUUUUUCUUAUUUGUAAGUUUUACCGCAAUCUGAAAACCAAGAUAAUGUAUAAUUCUAUUGUACAAAUAUGGCGGAUAAUGUUUUAAUUUGAGAUAAAAUUUUUAAGAUUCAUACAUGUAUAUAUUCAGAGAAAUUAUCUGUCCAGUAAACUUAUUUCAAAUUGUGAUAAA